AUGCCCGGUGGACGGAGGGGGCUCGUUGCUCCCCAGAACACGUUUCUGGAAAACAUUAUCCGGCGUUCGAACUCGCAGCCGGACAGCUCUUUUCUGUUGGCUAACGCUCAAAUCGUUGAUUUCCCCAUCGUGUACUGCAAUGAGGCCUUCUGUAAAAUUAGCGGCUAUAAUCGUGCUGAAGUUAUGCAAAAGUCAUGCAGGUGCGGCUUCAUGUACGGCGAGCUGACGGAGAAGGAGACGGUGGCCCGGGUGGAGUACGCGCUGGAACACCAGCAGCACGACCAGUUCGAGGUGCUACUCUACAAGAAAAACAAAACACCACUAUGGCUCCUGCUCCAGGUCGCUCCCAUUCGCAACGAACGGGAUUUGGUUGUGCUAUUUUUGCUGACGUUUCGGGACAUUACCGCCCUCAAGCAACCGAUCGACAGCGAGGACACGAAAGGUGUUCUUGGGCUUUCCAAGUUCGCAAAGUUGGCUCGCUCGGUGACCAGAAGCCGUCAAUUCAGUGCACACUUGCCUACGCUAAAGGAUCCUACUAAGCAAUCAAAUCUAGCUCAUAUGAUGUCAUUAAGUGCCGAUGUUAUGCCACAGUAUCGCCAGGAAGCGCCAAAAACGCCGCCGCAUAUACUACUGCAUUAUUGUGCAUUCAAAGCAAUCUGGGAUUGGGUGAUAUUGUGUUUAACAUUUUAUACUGCAAUUAUGGUACCAUACAACGUAGCCUUCAAGAACAAGACGUCGGAGGAUGUUUCACUGUUGGUAGUUGACUCGAUAGUAGACGUAAUAUUUUUCAUAGACAUCGUGCUUAACUUUCACACAACGUUCGUCGGACCGGGCGGUGAGGUCGUUAGUGACCCGAAGGUGAUUCGCAUGAACUACCUGAAGUCGUGGUUUAUCAUCGAUCUGCUCAGCUGUCUGCCGUACGACGUGUUCAAUGCGUUCGACCACGAUGAAGAUGGCAUCGGUUCGCUGUUCAGCGCGCUGAAGGUGGUGCGCCUGUUGCGGCUCGGCCGGGUCGUGCGGAAGCUUGAUCGAUAUCUCGAGUACGGUGCGGCCAUGCUGAUACUGUUGCUCUGCUUCUACAUGCUUGUGGCCCACUGGUUAGCUUGCAUCUGGUACUCGAUUGGGCGCAGCGAUGCCGACAAUGGGGUGCAGUACAGCUGGCUCUGGAAGCUGGCCAACGUUACCCAGAGCCCGUACUCCUACAUCUGGUCCAACGAGUCCAAUGCACCGGAGCUGGUGAACGGUCCGUCGAGGAAAACGAUGUAUGUUACGGCGUUGUACUUCACCAUGACAUGUAUGACAUCGGUCGGAUUCGGAAACGUUGCUGCCGAGACGGACAACGAGAAGGUAUUCACUAUCUGCAUGAUGAUAAUUGCAGCUCUUCUGUACGCGACCAUUUUCGGUCACGUUACCACCAUCAUCCAGCAAAUGACAUCGGCCACCGCAAAGUACCACGAUAUGCUGAACAACGUGCGGGAGUUCAUGAAGCUGCACGAGGUACCGAAAGCCCUGAGCGAACGCGUUAUGGACUAUGUUGUAUCAACAUGGGCCAUGACCAAAGGGCUGGACACGGACAAGGUUCUAAACUAUUGCCCGAAGGACAUGAAGGCCGAUAUCUGCGUCCAUCUGAACCGGAAAGUAUUUAACGAGCAUCCGGCAUUUCGAUUAGCAUCCGACGGAUGCCUCCGGGCCCUGGCGAUGCACUUCUGCAUGUCGCACUCCGCGCCGGGGGAUCUGCUCUAUCACACGGGCGAAAGCAUCGACAGUCUGUGCUUCAUCGUGACGGGCAGCCUGGAGGUGAUACAGGACGACGAGGUGGUCGCGAUACUGGGCAAGGGCGACGUGUUCGGUGACUCGUUCUGGAAGGAUUCAGCUGUGGGGCAAAGUGCAGCGAAUGUACGGGCGUUAACUUACUGUGAUUUACAUGCGAUAAAACGAGACAAGCUGCUCGAAGUAUUAGAUUUUUAUCAGGCUUUUGCUAAUAGUUUUGCGAGGAAUCUAGUUUUAACGUACAACCUAAGACAUCGAUUAAUCUUUAGGAAAGUAGCGGACGUUCGGCGCGAGAAAGAGCUAGCGGAGCGACGGAAGAACGAACCACAACUGGGCUCUAGUCAAGAUCACCUGGUAAGAAAAAUAUUUUCAAAAUUUAGACGAGCUCAGCAAAAUGCACAAGGAACCAAGGACCAAACUGGUUCCGUUCAAAGCGACGUUGAGAAGGGCGACACAGAUACAGACAAAGGAAAGUUGCCGGCCAAGCUGACGUUGACGGAGGACACACGGGCCCUCACAACGGCCGUACCGUCACCAUCACCCUCACCCUCACCGUCGUCCGGACCACCGUCGGCGAAGGGUCCGCGUGCCAGCAAGUGGGGCCGGCUGUUGGGCAGCUCCAGUGUCGAUUCGGCCAGCGACACCAGCACAAAGGUAGCCGUGUCUAGAAGUUUAAGUGCACGCGAAAGCUUACGUGAAAGUGCACAAGGUAGAGCGAGCUCGAGCUCGAGUAGUAAUGGCGGUCAAGGCAACAAGAUAUUUCCGAAGACGCCAAAACUAUCACCCGGACCGGGCGCAACGCUGGCGCGGCAGGAUACGAUUGAUGAGGGUGGCGAAGCGGACCACACGCCAGCGGUGCGGCCUCCCGACCGGCCGGUGGUGCAUAUGGAGCGUGAGGUGAAGCCACCGUCGCUGGAGCGUCAACCGACCGAGCGGGACCGGCUGCUGGACACGGCCACCACGGAACGCGUCCGGGAACGGGAGCGGGAACGGGAGCGGGAACGCGAACGGGAGCGGGAACGGGAACGCGAGCGGGAGCGACAGAUGGAGCGCAACCUGUCGCUGGAGCGCGAGCGUCAGAUCGAGAUGGCACAGUCCCGAUCGACGACCUCCGACACGUACGACACCGGGCUACGGGAGCAGCCGUCCACGCUCGCCCAGCGGGAUCUCAUUGCGACGGUCCUGGACAUGAAGGUCGACGUGCGCCUGGAGAUGCAGCGAAUGGCACAGCGGAUGAGUCGCAUCGAGGAGCUGCUGAACGAUCUGCUGAACCGCAUCCAGAUCGACUCGUCCGGCCAAAGCUCACCGGGUGAUAUGCCCACGGUAGUGGCGGCGCCCGGUCCCAGCACGUCCGGCGCGAUCGUACCGACCGCGGCACCCAACCCCGCGGGUGCCGGUCCGGGCGCACUAGGCCUUAGUCCGGCGACCGCCGCAGCGAUCGGUCCCGGUGGUAACGGGCUUGGGCCGAUCCUGUUACGCAAGCGGCGCUCCAAAAGCCGCAAGGCACCGGCUCCACCGAAACAGAGCCCGGAGCAGACCUGCCUGCUCGACAGUGAGCUCCCGUCUACAUCGGCUACGCGCAAGCGCGAGUUCCUCUAG